GCACAGGUAAUUUCAGGGGGUAACUGCGGGGCAUUUUUUUGACAUAAUAUCUGUACUAUCUCUUUAAGAGAGGUCACCUGGGAGGGGGACAGGUGUGAGCUGCUGCAACAUCACCCUUAACCGGGUCUGUGAACGGUUUUGUCUCUGUCGAAAACUUGACCGCGACCCCCCCCCCACUGCGUUGGGUCAAAGUCAGGACGGGAUGUCUGACUCACUUCUGCUCUCUGCGCGGCGGAGCUCAAGCUCUCACGCCAACUCCACCGUCAGUGACGUCUGCGUCACGUGUCCGUCUCUUCCCUCGGUACGUCCGUCGUAUUUUCCUCCCCUCCACUGCCUGCUUUAACACUGAGAGCCACUCGAAAUAAACAAGCGCAAAAAAGGGGGCCGUUGUGGGGACCGGUCUGGCUCCAGUGUCACGUUUAUCACCAGUCGAUGGACAGAGGGGGCUUACAAUACACCUAUAAGUUGCCAUCAGUGAAACCCAGUCCUCCCGUCAGUUUCUGGCUCCACUGAGCCCAUAUCAUUGUAAACUUUUUAAAUCCUGCGCUGCAUACACUGAGCUCCGACAAAGCGAGGUUUUCCCUUGAAAUUGCAGUGAGAACUGCAAGUGGACCUAUGGACAAGUCCCACCAUCCUCCUUCCCCCACGCCUGGUCUAUAGUCAACCGGAAACGACUCAUAUUCUCACUCACACCCCCCUCAGCCAUUUGACCAACCCUCCCCACCCUGUGGUCACACGAUGGCCAGCAAAAGGAAGUCCACUACUCCUUGUAUGAUACCUAGCAAAGUCAUACGCCCUUCAGAGGAUGUUGAGCAGGACUCUCCUGUUCUUCUCCGUCAGUCCAGGAUUUCUGGAGGGGGCAGACACAGCCCCCUAGAUCCCGGAGAGUCUUCCAAAUCCGAGGCAGGGGACGCUGUCAAAGAUGGUGCUGGCACUUACACCUGUAAGCCUUGUAACUUUGAAACCCAUGACCUUAACUUGUUCCUGGAUCACGUGUACACCGGGCACCCAGACUUCCGCGCAGACCCCAGCUUUUUUUGCGUGAGCUGCGGGGUUUCUGCGCCCAAGUUUGAGGGGCUGGCCCUGCACAACGCCAGGGUUCACCCCAGCACUUUGAACACCACUUUACAGCUGAGGAAGAGGGACAGGAGGGUCGUGGUGGAGCAGAAUCUUGUAAAUGGGACAGAGUUGGGGAAGGACAGUGAGAUUUCCAUCACCAAAACCCCAAUUAUGAGGAUGCUGAAGGGCAAAUCUGAGCCCAAACGGAUAGUGGUGUCCCACCCAGUCUCUGAUGAGUCUUCUUCAGACCCUCAGUCUCUCUCUUCCUCCAGAGAGGUUGAUAGAAAAGAGACUGCUGCAGUGACAGUCACCCAUGUUCCCACAAUAGUCCACAAUGGAACCACCAAGGUCACGCUGCCCUCCGCAAUCCAGAUAGUUAACGGCUCUGGACCAUUACAGAUGCUCAAGACCCCCAUCACACAGGUGGUCUCAGUGGUUCAGAGCAGAAACCUACACCAAUCUGCACCAAUCACAGCCUCCUCUGUUUCCUCCACUUCUCCUUCUUCCUCCAAAAACCUCCCCAAGGUGAUGAUUCCUUUGAGCAGCAUCCCUACCUACAGUGCCUCCAUGGACUCCUCUUCCUUCUUGAAGACUUCCUUCAGUAAGUUCCCAUACCCCACAAAGGCUGAGCUCUGCUACCUGACCGUGGUCACAAAGUUCCCAGAAGAGCAGAUUAAGAUCUGGUUCACAGCUCAGAGACUUAAACAAGGCAUCAGCUGGUCUCCUGAGGAGAUCGAAGAGGCCAGGAGGAAGAUGUUCAACACCAUCAUCCAGACAGCCCCCUCCAGCUCACAUAACCAGAGCCAGAGUCACCACAGCCCAGCCCAACACACGAUCACAGUCCUGCCUGCGUCACUGGGUGCCACUGGUAUCCCUCAUAUUCUGCAGGGAUCUCUCGUCAGCCAAGGAGGGGUAAUCGUCACGCAGCCUGUAAUGGCCAACGGUAUCCAGGUUAGCAGUGCUCCCGUGGCCUUGGCCGUCACGCCUAAGCCCCAGGCGGCGGCCCGCCCCAUGAUGCAGGCCCGACCUGCCGCAGCCCUGGUGGCAGACAAAGGCAUCAGCAUGGUGGUGGGAACAGUGGGCAGCAGCAGCACCGGGAGCAACAUCAUUAGCAGCAGUAAUAGUAGUAGGAGUGGGGGAGGGGGCACUAGCAGCAUUAUGAGUAGCAGUCAAGCUAGUGUCAUUAACCUUAGUCUCGGAAACAGUAAUCAUAGUAAUGGUAAGGUGAGCAGUGUCAAUGGUAAACACAGCAGCGCUAAUGCAGACUGCAACGACAAGAGCAAUAGCAAUAUCACCAGCCAUGCUAAGAACACUGAUAUCAGCAAAGCCACCAACACCAGCAUCGUGCAGAGUGAUAACAACGUAACCACAGAAAGCAAAAACACCACAGACAGCAAACCUACCAACAAUAACAGCAAAACAGGCAGCAAUGGACAGAGGAGCAAAGAUGCUAACGGUAGCAGCAACAAAAAUAACACAACUGACACAAGCACAGAUGAUCUUGAACCCACCACCAGUGACUCUCCAACCAUCAAAAUGGAGGAUGCAUCUUCCCCUGCCUCCAAAUCUUCCUCCCCCUCUCCCGCAGCUCCUUCAAGCAGCACACCAGGCUCUUGGACACCUGUUAACGCCUUCCUUGACCCCAACUUUUAUAAAGGCAAGAAGUCCCAAGAGCAGCUCAGCGCUCUGAAGGAUAGUUUUCAGGUCAGCCAGUUUCCCGACCAGGAGGAGGUUGACCGCCUCAUCGCUCUGACUGGGCUCACAGUGCGAGAGGUCCGCAAGUGGUUCAGCGACCGGCGCUACCACUUUCGCAACCUCAAAGGUUCACGGGCCAGCACAGGUGUGCAGCACAAGUCUGGCUCUGCGACAGGAACUGGUAGCAGUUCAACUACGCCAGGGAGUGGCGCCGCUGGCAGUGCCAACCCUGUUGACCUGUCAGAGAGUAGCAGCAACUCUGGUUCAAAAACGCCCCAGCACAGCUCUGCACCCCUGAGUCCAACUGCAACACAGACUCCCACCUCACCUACCACGCCUUCUCGCCGACUCCCCAGACCACCUUCUCCUGAUUUCACGGCGAUCCGCUACAAGGAGAGAGAACCCCACCAGGUAAAAGCACUAGAAGCCAGUUUUGCCCAGGACCCUGACCCAUCUGGAGAGGAAGUAGACCGACUGCGAUCUGAGACCAAGAUGACCAGAAGGGAGAUCCACGGUUGGUUUGCUGAGAGGAGGAAGAGAGUGGCAGCUGAGAAGAAGAAAGAAGAGGCAGAGCGGGCCAUGAGAGAGGAGGAGGAUGAGACAGAGGUUGAGGGGGAGGAACGACAGAAAGAGGACAGCUCAGGAGAAUUGAAAGUCAACCCUAUUAAAAUAAAUCUGAAGAUGCUGAAGGUGACGGAGGCCAACGGCAAAGCGGAGGGUGAAGGGUUGGAUAGCCCUGCUUUACCGCUUCAGUCCAGCAGCACACCUGCAUCCUCCCCGGGUCCCACCUCAUCCUCCACCCCUAAGCCAUCCCAGUCCUCCACUCCGACACCCAAACCAUCCCACUCUCCCAAACCCACAAACAUCCGGGGUAAGAAGACAGCGGAUCAGCUUCACCUGCUCAAAAUAGCCUACGCUCGAACCCAGUGGCCCAGCGCUACUCAGUAUGAUGAACUCAUCUCAGGUACUGGACUGCCCAGACCUGAAGUAGUGCGCUUUUUUGGAGACUGCCGUUAUGUGCAGAAGCACGGCCUACUGAAGUGGCUGGAGUCGUACCAGAACAUGGCUCUGGAGGAGGAUCUCGAGGAGGGGAAAGCACAGAUCCUUCAGGACCACCUGAGCGUCCACGGCAAGCCGGAGGAGUCACAGUUGCAGGAACUGGCUCAGGCUACUGGUUUAACAACAGACUUGGUGCGAUAUUGGUUCUCUUCCCACGCGUCUUCGCCCCAGACAGAACAAACUGCCGCCGCUGCUCAUGCGACAGGGCAGAGACCAGUUGCACCGGGCGUGGCAGCCGAACCACCAACAACAGGAUCCUCCCCUCUGGAGUCGCAGCCAGGAGGAGGAACGGAGGAGAAAAUGGAGCAGUCGGUGUGUGGUGUCGCAACAGAAGCAGAGGCCAACACUGACAAGACUGUGAAUCCUACUAAAGGAACUGACUGAAGAGGCCUUUUGUCUAAGGAUGGAGUUCAUGAUGCAGGUGGUCUUUCUGUUGGGAGUCUGAGUAAAAGAUAGCAGAUGCUGUUGAAACAGGAUCACUGGAUGGAAAUGGACCUUGAAACCAUCCUCACCCAUCCCUCUCCCUCCUUCUCGCUCACACCCCUAGAGGUAGGCAUGACCCCCACCCCCCACCCCCCACUAUGUGAGAUGGACAUUAAAGCCACUAACCCCCCUCCCCCUCACCAUCCAGCCAUCCUUUGACCCACCCACUCCCUGCUUUCCUUGGCCUGUUUUGUCUACCCCUCUGCUACACACACACACACACACACACACACACACACACACACACACACACACACACACACACACACACACACACACACACACACACACACACACACACACACACGCACGCUCUCACACCCUCUCCGAUAUCCUCCCAUCCACCAUUUUCCCUUCAGAAGGAAGUUCCUGUAGAGAGGUGCAGGAGUGGAGGUGGUGCUGGUGGAGGGAGGGGUGAGGCAUUUUUUCUGCCGUGUUUGUUCCGCCUGCCUGCUGGGAUGGAAGAAAGGAAGAAAAAAAAAGAAGAGACGAGGGGUAGAUGUGGAGGAAGAAGAAGAAGAGGAAGAAAAAAAGGGAGGAAGUGUGGUCGAGAUUCAGACCUCAGCAGAUGUUGUUCAGGGGUGGGGGUUGGGUUUGGACAGUUGUCGACCAAGUCAAACCUCAGAUGAGGAUCUGCAGAGCAUUGAGAUACUAUUCAUAGUUUGUUUUUGGGGUACGAAAAACUGCACAGCUCUUUGCCACAGGGUGCUUGCCUAGGCCUUAAAGUAAAGCAAAUGAACUUUCUUUUUUCCAUGGUGUCAUUUUCAUGCUUUCUUUCUUUCUAUUCUUUUCUUUUUUUUUAACCACCGUGCACUCUCACACUUUGACUUCAUGCUUGCAACUUCCCCUGAAACGUACUAGCUGGGCUGUUCAUAGCAUCUUACGUGAAACACAGCACUGAUGUUGAUAUGCGCAAGUCUUGAAGUUAUUUUUGGACAUCUCUUUGUACUCCCUUUUCAUUUCAUAUAUGUACAUACUAUUUGGUUCAAUUGAACAGAAAGUUGUUCAGUAUGGGAAAAUGUCUGGAAUUGUUUCAUCCAAAGAGGGCAAGCACCCUGUUGUGUCUAAAAUAAAAAAAGAUGACACAAUAUAUUGGACUGUAUGGAAUCUGGUUUGUGUUGUAGCAUCAAGUGCUUCUUCUUUACGUCACUGACGUGUACGUACAGUUGUUUUUAAUGGAACUUUCUUAUGAAAUAAAUUUGACUGUAAAAGAACUGUGAACUUUUACCAGAGUUCCAUACUUAGGCUUGAUGUAUAAUUUUUACAGAUGGUAUUUGCAGAAUAAACAGAAUGUAAUAAA